AUGUAUGUCAAGAUAGAGAAUACAAGGCUUGACUAUCUACGCAAUAACCAGUCAACCAUUAGAGCUGAUUUAUGUCAAGGAAUCCUUGAUUCUUUAGAUAGUGGAGAAACUAAAGUGCACAAUGUUGGUCAAAGAGUAAUCCUGCCUCCAAGUUUCAUAGGAGAUCCUCGGGAUAUGAAAAAACGGUAUCUUAAUGCCAUGGCUUUGGUGCAGAGAUUUGGUAAGCCUGAUUUGUUUGUCACGAUGAAAUAUACUUCUAACCCUAUUCUUUGCAGGAUUGUUCUAGCACACAUGAUGCAUGGUCCAUGUGGCUCAUUAAAUCCGCAUUGUCCAUGUAUGAGGAAAGAAGGGAAAAAGCUAAGCUGUAAGAAUAAAUUCCCUAGACCAUAUGCAUCUGAAACAAGUACAAAUAAGGAUGUUAAUUCUAUAUACCGAAGAAGAAACACUGGGGAAAAUGUCAUUGUUCGUGGUGCACAGCUAAACAACCAAUGGGUGAUUCCUUACAAUCCUUAUUUGUCUAUGUUGUUUGAUUGUCAUAUUAAUGUCGAAGCUUGCUCUACAAUCAAGGCAGUAAAAUAUCUCUAUAAAUAUGUUUACAAGGGACAUGACAGGAUUUCUUAUAAUGUUCACCUUGCUGAUGAUGAUUCUGUAGAUGAAAUUGAACAAUAUCAGCCAGGAAGAUAG